CUCUUUCCAAGAAAGUCCAGCCAUCUGUUUCCCGCAUUGCUUCCGGAGAGGACAGUCCUUCUGGCCACUCCAGAGACCGCUAAGCGUGCUCCCAGGCAGCUGGGGGGUUGCUCUGGGCCUGGUGAUGACCACCUCUUGGAGAUUUUUACCUAAUCCCAGAUGCCAGCCAUGUGAAGAAGGAUUUGCUUUCUGGCCUCAUCCUGGAAGAGGAGGAGCUGCCCUCAAGAGGAGGAGAAGGAAGAGGGCUGGACAUGUCUGAGGCACUGUCCUGCCCUGGUCAGGAGAUGCCUGACCUAGGCUGCAGGAUGGGGGCCCUGUACUUGGCCUGUGCCCACAAUGACCCUGCCAAGCUCCAAGCUGUGCUGGAUGCUGGAAUAUCCCCAGAGGAGGCCACUCAAGUAGACAGCAAUGGGAGGACAGGCCUCAUGGUUGCAUGCUACCGAGGCUUCGAGAGUAUCGUGGCCCUGCUUAGCCGCUGCCCUUUCCUGGAUGUGAACCAGCAGGACAAAGAUGGGGACACGGCCCUUAUGCUGGCUGUCCAAGCUCUGCAGUGUCAGGCACAGGGUGGGCUUGGAGUCCCAUCAUUUGGAGCCAAACUCUGCCCUCCCUGCCAUGCAGGCCACGUGCCUCUGGUGAGUCUCCUGCUCAACUACUUCUCCGGCCUGGAUCUGGAGCGCCGGGACCAGCGGGGGCUCACAGCGCUGAUGAAGGCUGCCAUACGAGACCGCUCUGAAUGUGUGGCCACUCUUCUCAUGGCAGGCGCUGAUCUGACCUCUGUGGAUCCUGUCCGAGGCAAGACAGCCCUGGAAUGGGCCCUGCUGACUGACAGUUUUGCCGUCGUGUGGAGGAUCCGGCAGCUGCUGCAGCGGCCCUGUGCAGAACAGCUCAGCCAGCAUUUCAAGCUAGAGUGGCCAGCCUUGCCCGGGCUUGUGGCUCAGGCCCAGGCUCAGGCUCCCCCAUCCUUCCUAGAAAGGUUGCAGGCCGCCCUGAGUAUGUCCUUUGCCCAGUGUCCUCAGGAAGGGGGUGUCCUGGACCACUUUGUGACCAUCACUACCAGCCUCGCUAGUCCCUUCCUUGCCACUGCCUGCCACAGUCUGUGUCCUGACCAUCCUCCCACACUGGGCACCCGAAGCAAGUCUGUGCCAGAGCUGUUAGGUACUGCCCCACCUCCUCCCCUGUCUCCACAGCCCCCCCAAGUGGUCUCCAGGGGCUCCCAAGUCUUUGUCCCCUACAGCCCUCAGGGUAUGUUCUCUCAGUGGCUACAGCCCAGGGACAGUAUCAGCAGCCCGGUACCCAAGAUCCUCCUCUCCAAGGCGCCCUGGUCCCCCAGCCAGUACAAGCUGAUGCUGCCCAGGCGUGAAAGGCGUGAAAGCCUCACCCUUCCUCUCUGGCAAUACCAGGAGCUCAGGAUGGAGAGGAAGAGACAAGAAGAAGAAGAAGAAGCCAAGAGGGUGCAAAAUUAGAGGAAGAUGAGCUAGGCCAGGCUGGGACAGGCUUCUUAUUAGAGUGGGGAAGAGUCCAGAUGCUUCUAGGAAGACCUACACCACCCAAAAUGCUCACCAUGGCUCUCGAGACUUCCACAGUGACCAGUUUACCUGAAUAGCCCCCAGACCCCCGUCACUCACAGCAGUGAAUCCGCACAGAUUCCUUUCCUGCAUCAGGACUGCAGCUCCAGGGAACAAGGUGGGUGCCACAGUCCUUAUUUAGAGAAACACCAGGAGAGCUGGACUAGAACUAAAGAUUUGGCUAUAUUAUUUCAAUUUAUAAAGUAGUAAUCAGAUAACAAUAAUUAGACAGAAAGCAUUGAAGUGACCUAAAUCUCCAAGCUUUUGAACAAUGCCUGAAGUUUUAAGAGGUAGACAUUCAUGCACACGAGGUUGAGAAUCAACUGAAGCAAAUGUCAUAAAAACAAAUACGUAACCAGAAAUUUUACAGCCGCAAUGCCUCCAGCAAGAGCGUCUAAACAUGGGUACAGUUGUUUCUCCUUAUUAACUUGCUUGUAGUUUUUACUUUAUUAUUUUAUUGAUUUAUUUUUUGGGUUCCAGGGAUCAAACUCAUGCCCUCGCACCUGCCAGGCAGGCGCUGUGCUGCUGAGCUGUAUCUCCAGCUCUUGUGGAUUAUAUUUCCUUGUUUUACACUAGGCUGUCUGGGAUUUAACAGAAUGGGCACCUCGUACAAGCCCCUCCAGUAACUAAAUAUUGUGUAAUAGCCCUUCGUGCAGCUACUAGAGGAGGCGACCUUUCUGACUUGUCUUUGAGCGGAUCAAACAGGAGCCACGCUGCCGCUACAUGUGCUGGCUACUUUGGGUCUCCUGACUCCCGGCGCAGUGCUCUUCCUCCUGAUCCACAGCUCUGCCUUCUCCGGCUCGGCACACCAGACAUCUGGUGUUGGUUUCACAGCUGAUGGAGGACUUGCUCACAUACUUGGCCGUUAGUUUGAGAAUGUGGUAGAGAAAGAGUGAUCAACCCUUCCCUCGGGUAUAGAAGCUGGGGCUACAUGCAGGUGUUCUUUCUUACCCCCAGCAUGCGCUCAUCCCCGGACUCUCCUGGCCCUCGGCAGUCAGGCCAGUUUGGGGGAGCCAGCUCAGAGCUCCAAGAAGCAUGUGGGAAGGGGUACUCCAGAGCCUGCUGCACUGGCAAGAGGAGAUGAUGCUGGGGCAGCUUUCCAUAAUGACAGGACUUCGUGCCCACCGCCUCCUGUGGCAUCUCAUGGCACCUUCUAAAUUCCAGUUUCCCCUGCCCUGAUAUGCCAUUCUUCCCCCAACAGGGUCCAUCCUGAGAUGAGUCAUCCUGAGAGCUGAGUAGUGGGCAGGAAGUAGACAAACCCAUCUAGACACGAUCUGGAAAAGCCGGGAGAGGAGGAAUAUGGCUUGGCUGCUCAGUCUGGGAUCUGGCUGGUGUCUGCCUGCCAUUUCCUGAGGAGUUGACCAGAGCUCUGGCUUCCCACCCUCCCCAAACUCCAUACCAGUGAAGCUGCCUUUUGACCUGAGUUAUAGUAACUACAUGGGAGCAGGCAGUUUCCUGAAUCUUAGAGCUAAAGACGAGCACAGAGGGCCAGGAGGAAUCUUCAGGAUUCUCUAAAAUCCCUCAUUGUACAAAGGAGCAUACUGAGGCACAAAGAAGUGAUCCAGGCCUGGAACCCAGAACUCAAGAUCCAUACUUACUGCUCUUUUCAGAAUGCCACCAUGCCUUCCUGCCUGGAGCUGCAGGACACCUGCAGGGUCAUUUCCUCUCCCUUUUCCUCCAGGCAAAACUUAGACUCCAUUCACCUUGCUACACUAAAAAAAUCACUCCUGAGUUUUGAAUAGACAGACAGUGUCUGUCCUUCUCCCUUAAAGAAGGCCCCUAACUAUUCCUCCUUGAGUACACUUUUCUACCAGAUUUGUGUCUCUUGCAUUUGAAUAAACUCAUCGGUGGCCCCA